UCUAAUUUGAAGAGAACACUAUGUACUCAAAAGCUGUACUACUUGCACUUCUGGUUUGCUCAGCUCUUGCCGCCCCAAAAGCAAAAAAGAACCAAACGGGAAAUGAGCAAAAUCAGCAAAGCCAGUCAGGUCAGAGACAGACUGGACAAGGCCAGCAAGUAGGAUCUCAGCAAGGAUUCGGAGGAAUGCAAGGAGGAUUUGGAGGGCAAUCAGGAUUCGGUGGUGGAAGCUCCCAGGGAGGGUUCGGUGGAUUUGGACAGCAAGGUGGAUUUGGAGGAAACUCUCAGGGUGGAUUCGGAGGACAACAAGGAGGAUUUAGUGGAAAUUCUCCGGGUGGUUUCGAAGGACAACAGGGAGGAUUCGGUGGAUUUGGUCAGCAAGUUGGUUUCGGCGGGCAGGGAGGAUUCGGAGGUAACAGUCAAGGUGGAUUCGGAGGUCAGCAAAGCGGUUUUGGUGGUCAAGGACAGCAAUCAGGAUUUGGCGGAGGUUUUGGAGGAAACUCUCAAAAUGGAUUCCCAGCUCAGAGACCAUCCCAACAGUCUGGAUUUGGUGGACAAGGAAUGCAAUCUGGAUUUGGAAUGAACUCUCAACAGGGAGAUUUCGGUGGACAGGGACAGCAAUCUGGAUUUGAAGGAAACACACAAGGACACUCCCAAGGAGGAUUUGGUGGGCAGUCGUCUUCUGGAUUUGGAGGUCAGCAAGGUGGGCAAGGUGGACAAGGUGGAUUCGGAGGAUCUACUAGAACCGGUGGAAUGCAAGGAGGACAAGGAGGACAAAGUGGAUCAAGUGGGUUCGGUGGAUUCGGAGGCUUGGGCCAAGAAGGACAACAGGGUGGACAGGAAGGAUCCAAUGGAAACAACAACCAAGGAUUUUAAUAUGUGAUGUUCAGUAUUUCAUCUAAAAACUGGUAAUGUGUUCCACUGCUCUUUUUAACGCUAACUUUAAUGUUUUAUUUUGACAUUUUUAAUAAAUAUUGAAGCA